AUGUUGACUCUGCCGUUUGAGGAGCCGGACAUGAUGCGCGAGCCGCGGCUCGGUGCCAAUUACACCGUACCUGAGAGCCGCGAGCACGAGCACGGCCGACCGCGCCAUGUGGACGAGAUGGCCCACUCGGACGCGCCGGGGACGGAGGACGACCCUUCCGACAGGGAGGAGGAGGACGAAGAGGACCGAGAGGAGGAGCAGGACGACAGCGGCCUCCCCAAAAAGCGAGGCCCGCGGAAGAAGAAGCCGUCCAAGGGCCGGGUGGACCGGGCCAGGGUACGGCGGCAGGAGGCCAACGCUCGGGAGCGCAGCCGCAUGCACGGCUUGAACGCGGCGCUGGAGAGCCUGCGCAAGGUGGUGCCGUGCUACUCCAAAACCCAGAAACUGUCCAAAAUCGAGACUCUCAGACUGGCGAAAAACUACAUCUGGGCCCUGUCGGAGACGCUGAGCGCGGGGAAGAGACCGGACCUCCUCGCCUUCGUGCAGACUCUAUGCAAAGGAUUAUCUCAGCCCACCACCAACUUGGUGGCCGGCUGCUUGCAGCUCAACGCGAGGAACUUCCUCACGGAUCACAACGGGGAGGUCAUGUUCUCCGGCAGAUCGCCCUAUGACGCCAUGUAUUCGUACCCCGGCUCCGACCUGAGCACAACCCCCCACGGCCACGGCAGCGGCAGCGGUACUGGUGGCGGUGGCGGCGGUGGGGGUGGUGGUGGUAGUGGCUUGGACGGCGCCAAGUCUUUCCGGCACUACAAUUACGGCGGCGCGUAUGAGCCUUCGUACUACGAGAACGCGUCCCCCGACGGGGGGAGUCCGCACUUCGAGGGCCAGCUCAGCCCCCCCAUGAACUUCAACGGGAUAUUCUCCCUAAAACAUGACGAUCCGACCGACUACGGCAAGGGCGGUCACUACGGCGUGCGCUACUGCAGCGUGCCGGCGCGCGCGGGUCUGGGGCAAAACUCAAUGUACCGGAUGUCCCCCGACACCCGCUUCCCGUACGAGCUGCACCUCCGCAGCCAGUCCUACCAAGCCCAGGGGGAAAUGAACGGCUCUUUCCACAAUUAA